GGACAUCGUAGCUGUAGAAAAGAGCCCGGUAUGAAUUAGUGACAUUGUUUCCUGUUUUUUCCUCUUAAAACGUACAGAGUUUCUUCGGAAGAGAUGCCGGCGAUACUGACCUCCAGACCCCAGACGGGCCUUUCUUUCCUGGCACCCGAACCAGAAGAUCUUGAGGACCUUUACAGCAGAUACAAGAAGCUGCAGCAGGAGCUGGAGUUCCUGGAGGUGCAGGAGGAGUACAUCAAAGAUGAACAGAAGAACUUAAAGAAAGAGUUCCUCCAUGCCCAGGAGGAGGUGAAAAGGAUACAGAGCAUCCCGCUGGUCAUUGGCCAGUUCCUGGAAGCUGUUGACCAGAACACAGCCAUUGUUGGCUCCACUACAGGGUCCAACUACUAUGUUCGCAUCCUGAGCACCAUCGACAGAGAGCUGCUGAAGCCAAACGCCUCAGUGGCUUUGCACAAGCACAGCAACGCUCUGGUGGAUGUGCUCCCUCCUGAAGCCGACAGCAGCAUCAUGAUGCUGACGUCGGACCAAAAACCAGAUGUGAUGUAUGCCGACAUUGGUGGAAUGGACAUUCAAAAGCAGGAAGUUCGAGAAGCUGUUGAACUGCCACUGACACACUUUGAGCUCUACAAACAGAUUGGCAUUGACCCACCCAGGGGUGUGCUUAUGUACGGACCUCCAGGUUGUGGUAAGACCAUGUUGGCCAAGGCUGUGGCUCACCACACUACAGCGGCUUUCAUCCGUGUGGUGGGCUCUGAGUUUGUUCAGAAGUAUUUGGGUGAAGGCCCUCGUAUGGUGCGCGAUGUCUUCCGGCUGGCAAAGGAAAAUGCUCCGGCCAUCAUCUUCAUUGAUGAGAUCGAUGCCAUCGCCACAAAGCGUUUUGAUGCACAGACUGGAGCUGACAGGGAGGUGCAGAGAAUCUUACUUGAGCUGCUUAAUCAGAUGGACGGCUUCGACCAGACCGUCAAUGUCAAGGUGAUCAUGGCCACCAACAGAGCUGACACGUUGGACCCGGCCCUGCUCCGUCCUGGUCGUCUGGACAGGAAGAUUGAGUUCCCUCUGCCCGACCGCCGGCAGAAACGUCUCGUUUUCACCACGAUCACCAGCAAAAUGAAUCUCUCUGAGGAGGUCGACCUGGAGGACUAUGUGGCCAGACCAGACAAGGUCUCUGGAGCCGACAUCAACUCCAUCUGCCAGGAGGCUGGCAUGUUGGCAGUACGUGAGAACAGGUAUAUCGUCCUGGCCAAAGACUUCGAAAAAGCUUACAAGACCGUCAUGAAAAAGGACGAGCAGGAGCACGAGUUCUACAAGUAGAGAAGAAAAAAACAUCCUGGGGUGUCCAGACACACGUUUAUUGAUUUAUGGCAGUUCUGUAUCUACAGUGUGGCUUUGUCGUCCCCGACAUUGGCAUUGAUUUAUUUUUUUAGGACUAAAUUUAAUCCCUGCACAAGGCCCAUUGUCAGAUUAGACCUGUCUCGUCUCAGCCUUGAGAAGACGCACUACUAUGUGAAGGAGUGCUUUUUGUACAGGCACUCUACUGGUUACUUACCAUAUCUGGUCCUGACUGUAGCUAGGUUAGAACAUUUGUAUCUAUAUGUACUCCCGUAACAAGAUAUUACAUUAAAGAAAAUCCAUUAAAGAUGUUUUCCUUAAAAAAACAAAUGGUGGCUUGUUUUUAUGCCUUGAAUUAUAUAUGGCUUUUAAUUGACGAGACUUCAUUAGUAGCGUUGUGUGGAGAUUUUUCUUGUCAUCGACUGAGCGGUUUAAUUCAGGUGUCAAACACAAGGCCCGUGGGCCGAAUCUGGCACGCCAAGUCAUUUUAUGUAGCCACUGAUGGCUUGAAAGACCCAUGAUGAGCUUUUCUUAAAGAAAUGUUUUUAAAAAAAGAAUCCUGUGCUUUUAUUUUGAAGGUUUCAAAUUAAAUGGUUUUAUGUUAUAACAUUAGA